AUGCAUUUCUAUCGACAAGUUAAUAUAGAAGAGAUUUCAGAGCUCACUCCUAGGAAAGGCGCUGUUCAUGUAACUGUACAAAUUAAUAAACCUCCGCAAAUUGACGAAGUUGAUAACAAAAUUGAAAAACUUAUAGAUUUAUUGACAGUUUUAGAACAAAAUUUAGAUUCGGUUGAGCAAGAUUACUUCCAGGAUGUACCAACAGAAGAUGUAGCUAUAUCAGAAAGUGAUGAAGUAGACGAUACGUGGAAAACAUUACAUAACGAAUAUGAUAAUGAAAUAUUUGGAAAAGAUGAAGAAUAUGAAGCACUGCUUAAACGAUUUAAUAUCGAAAAAGAAUAG